UUUCCGCAGCAUUCUCAGUAUAUGCAUUUCCUUUGGACAGUCGUGCAGCGACUGCGUUGCAGCAGCGCAAGUCCCAGGUUCUUUUGUUGCGAGCAGGGCAGAUGCCGCCGCCUUCGAGUCCUUUGGCGCCCGGCCACUCUGCGCUUUCCUCCUCCCCGAUGUUUCCGUCUACCCCUCCCCCUUUCGGGGCGGGCGGCCAGUGGCGCGCAGCGAAGUGCCGGAUGCGGCUCGCGGAGUGGGCGGAGGAGGGCCCGGACGCUCUGAGAUCACCGGGGCUAUAAAAGCAAGUGCGCUGGGCGCGGCCCAAAUCAGUUUGGGGCGGACGAUUUAAGGAAGGCUUGUCCGAGGAAGGUGAGCAUUCGGGGGGGGGGAAGCGGAGGCGGAAGGGGGGGCGCCACUUUCGCCGUCUGGGGGAGAAAGUGCAAGGCUUUCGAAACCUCCCUGUAACGCACAGCCCCGAAGAGUCCGCUCCAGUCUCGGCGCACGCCAAGGCCAGCUCCCUCCGCCAUCAUGGAAGUGCAGAAGGAAGCGCAGCGAAUUAUGACGAUGUCGGUGUGGAAAAUGUACCACUCGAGAAUGCAGCGCGGAGGCCUCCGGCUCCAUCGCAGCUUGCAGCUGUCCCUCGUUAUGCGGAACGCCCGCGACCUCUACCUCUCCGCCAAGCUCGAGGAAGAGGACGAGAUGGGCGGCGGAAUCGGGGAAGACUUCGCCGGGCGGCAGCCGCAACUGGACAUGCAGGAGGAGGUGCCCGCCCAGCAACAUCUGGAGGCGCCUCCGGCAACCCCUUUCCCCGUGGACCAACAGGAGGGGCUUUCCCCCAGCCCGCCAUCUGCAGAGGCGCUGCCGACCUCUGUCAGUCCCGACCCGGAACCCAUGGAGACCCAGGAAGCGCCCGGCAGCGACAGCUUAACCGCGCAGCCCUUGUCUCGGACUGCCUGGGGCCGGGGCACCUCCGGGCCUCCGCCGGGAGCCACAAAACCUAGCCGCAAGCGCCGCAGCAGUAGCCUAGGCAAGAUUGGCGCCGCGGAAGCCGGCCUCGUGCCCAGCAAGAAAGCGAAGUUGGUGGAAGAGGAAGGCGAGCGGCAGCCACAGCGGCAAGAGGGACCUUUCCCGAGCUUAGCCCGAGUCUUGCAGGACCGGUUCUCCGGCUUGAUCCUCCAGCCCCCACCAGCCAAAGGCGCCGACGAGCCCAAAGCGAGCUGCAGGCAGGGCGACGGCGUGCUUAGCAUAAUGGUGAGGGCUGUGGUGGCUUUCUAAAGCGCCCCCGCCAGGGACUCGUAGCUGGAAACUUCUCUCCGGAGAAGCGGAGCCUGCGGAAGCUCCUCUUUCGGCGGAGGAGCCGAACACCGCCUCCCACACCCGGCCCGUCGGCCCCCUCUGCUUGGUGGCGGGGCCUUGGCGGUCAGGAAGACGCACAGCGGGAGACUGAUGAUGGACUGGGGGCGGGGGGGCAGCGCGAGUGGGUCCCUCCUCCAUUCCCCCCCCCCCCUCCGGGUUUAGGCGAGAGACGCUCUGGUGGCUUGAGAAGAAGGCGAGACAAAAGGCUGUGGGAGAGACGGUUGCUGAAGAAGGACGCCCCAACUCGGGCAGCGGGCCUGUGACGCUGCAGUAGCUCGCCCGAACGAGAGACGACGCGCCAGCGAGUACCUCGGUGGCGUUGGAUAAGAUAACUCUGGGGGGGUGGCGGAUAAGGCAUACAAUCUCCAGGAAAACAGGGAGAACUGCAACCAGUCAGGCUUUUACAAUCCGGAUUCGGGUGGAGAUAAACCACUAUCUGUACUUGGUACACGUUUUUUUUUAAUUUUGGUGCUAGUCAAGAAUAAUGACGUGUUUGUCCGUAAAAAUGUUGCCAGUUCUGGGUUGACGUUUCCCUCCCCCUUAAUUCCCCCCACCAUUGGGAUUGCAGGGGAUUAUGUUUGUUAGGCAGUUGGAGCAGCUCCCCUGAAGAGUUAAGAGAGAGACAUGCUGCAAGCUGUUGAAAAAACAGCUUUUCCCCAUCCCACGCUUUAGAUGUGUGUAGCAUUUGGGGGGGGGGAGUCUACCCAGCAUUAUUUUCCUCAGGGCCACCCCGUUUCUCUUACCUAGUAAUUAAGGAUGAUGAAGUGGCCUUCUCUUUAUGCCAGUGAAGGAUCUCAACCAGAUUAGUUUUGCCAAUGUUUGUAUGGUGAGAGCAGGAACAGGAGGAUAGAAGGAAAAAACUGGACCAGUCAUACCAGUUAUGACACAUCUCUCAUAUGACCAGCAUUUGCAUUACACUGGGUCCAGAAGCACAGGGGAUUUCCUGUUCAUGUUGCCUUAGCAGAGUGAGUGUGUGUGUGCCUGUGGCUUGAUGUGUGGGUUUUUUUUUUUUUUAGGUGUGGGAGGAGCUCUGAAUGACUGGAGGGCGGGGGACAGGAAGAUGAGUGGUGUUUUCUUAAGAUAUUCACCUUAAAGGCUCGCUGGUGGUUUUCCUAGAUGACUGAAGCUGUUGACACACAUUGAACAGUGAUGAGAAACAUAGGUGUAAAAACACACUCUUUUCGCUCCACAUCCAGCUUGCAUAUUUUCACCCAGCUAAGACGUAUGUGGGCAAUGAAACUUGUAUUCUAAUUCUUUAAAUUGGUGUGUUUUCUUCAAUGGCUUGUCUCUAAAAGUAAAUCAUUUUAUGGAAUUCCUCAACACCAUUUUUGCCUUUUGUUCAUGCAGUGUUUCUUUUGCUUGGUCUUAAAUGUUUGAAACAGUUGCUAUUGUCCUGGAUGUACCUAGUAUGCCAUCUCAUUCCUUCUAAAGUCAAGCAUGUGUGUGAUGCAAGUUCUAACUUUUGAGUUACAAACAAACCUCUUGAGAAUGUGUUUCUGAAAUGCUGGCUUUCAAAACUAGCACUAGAUUGUUCACUGUCAUGGUUCUUUGUAAUGUUGACUGUAUGUACUUUGCAUUUCUCUUCUGUUGCCUUGAAGAGGGCAAAAACACAGGCUUGUUUGGUUCUGUUUCUUACCCUCAUGGUGUUAAUAUUUUUGGUCAGUGAAAUAAAGACCAUUUGAUUUUUUUUA